UCAAAGAUGGCUGUAUUCGUAGUUUGUGUACUUUAAAUGAAUUAUUUACGCGUGAAUCACUAACUGGAUUUACAAACAUCCUUUAAUUACUCAAUUAAACUGAUUAAAAAUGGCGUUGAGCGCCAAAGCGGAAGAUUACUUCCGUACAAUGAACCCGCUGGCUGCAAAAAUGUACGAAGACAUUAGCGAGGCCAAAAACUCUUAUGAAAACAUCUGGGAUACGCUCACUGAGAAGGAAAAGACUGAAAUAAUAAACGAAUCAAUCAUAAAACCCGAAAUCUCUCUAAAAUACGCUCUACUUGACACGCUAGAGUUCGAUUUAGACAACCCGCCGGUCCGCAAAGAUGACCUCAUGUCGUUCUUCGGGCGAGACCACGGGCAGAGGAUGAUUCAGGAUGAGAAUAGUUCGUAUAGGGACGAGCAUUCUGCUCCGUUCCUGUAUCAGACUAAGAGCCAGCUAAAUCUUUGUGUUUUGAGUGAACACAGGCCUCCAAAAGAGCCGCCCACAUCGCCGCCCCCCGUCAUGUCAGAACUAGCGAUGUCCCACUCGAAGGUAGUCAGCGAACUGAAGAACGCCCUGAAGUCACACGACAUCCUGAAGUAUAAGGAGCCUCAGGAGAAGGACUCGCCUGGAUUCAUUACCAAAUUUAUGGGUAACUUCAAAGCCAAAGACGAGGAGCGCGAGUGCCUAGUGGGAGGCGCGGCGGCGCAGAUAGUAGCCUCUAGUGAGAACUUCUUCCGGACCAACUUCAAGAGUCCGCACUCGGAGAACAAGUUUGAGAACUAUAGGAGUAGCAUUGCGAAGAGCAGCAGCGAUCUUUCCGAAGAGAACCGCGGCCUCCUUUCCUCGAGCCAAGCUUCCUCGGGCACGGAUUUCCAGUCCACGGAGACCUUAACCGAAUCCGUGCCAAAGACGGGCUACGAUUUCCUGGACAACUGGUAA